UCCCUCAAUGGUGGCAUCUUCCACAAAAAGCUCACUAGCCAGUUCCAACCACUAGUUGUGCGAUAUACUGAUUUGAUGGAACACUCAAUAUCUCAGUCUAUAGAUAAGGGAUUUUCGAAGGAGAAAUGGGAACCAAGAAAAGAAGGAUGUGCUACAUCAGAAGACAUCUAUUGGAAGCUAGAUGCGCUUCAAACCUUCGUGAGCGAUCUGAACUGGCCCGAGGAAGAAUUCCGCAAAUACCUAAACGUCCGCAUGAAGAGCCUUACUUCCGACAUGAUCUCCAAAGUAGCCAGCAGGCAACAAUUUGAUGGCUGGAUGCAGAGAGCACGAAAAUCGACAGAUUACAUUUUGCCUUCAGAAGUAUGCGUAAUGAUCAAUGUUCUGUUCAGCUCAAAGGCAAGAGCCACAAAAACAGCUGUGGAUGGUGGAGAGUUCAAGUAUCAGUCGAAAUUGGAUGAAACCUUGGACACUAUGCUUUCCGAUAUGGAGACAUGUAUCCAAGACAAGUUAAUAGGUGUAUUGGAAUUUGUGCUUGGAAAACUCGCUCGCUAUGAUGAAGGUAAUCCGAUUGGAGCACUACUUAGCAUGGCGCCUAAACCAACCUCAAUAUUCAACAAGAUGAAAACAAUGGUAGGAGAACAAGGUAUUCACAUGGGAGGAAAUGCCGCUGCAACACCAACGACACCUCAAAACCAGGUAUACUCUCAAAAUAUACGCGCUCAGGUUUCUGUUUUUAUGCUUUUUUCAAGAAGGCUCCUGUUUCUCAACAGCAAUCGACAGGACAUUUUGGAAACUCGUAUGUGA